AUUCCUCGAACAAGACCCAUAAAAAAACGAGGUAAAAAGUUGCUUACUUAAACCCUUUGAUUCUAUUCUUCGUAUGACUCAAAACCCUUUCUUACCUUCCUUUCCUUCCCGUGUGAUUGGCCGGUGACACGCUGAUCGAUCGUUAACCGGUCACCAACGGUGUUUCUUUUCUCCUUUCCUUUUACUCAUAAUUCACCUCCAGAAUUUCUUGCAAAUCAAUUUUCCGCACUCACACAUCUAUCAUAGGAUUCCAAGUUCUAGAUCGGGCACGAUGAAUUUGAAGGUUAAAGGUAUAAAUUGGGUGGGGAAUAUUUACCACAAGUUUGAAUCAGUGUGCCAUGAGGUGGAUGGUAUUGUUGGCCAGGAUACUGCUAAAUAUCUCGAGAAUCGAGUCCAGAAUGUUGGAGAUAGUGUGAAAAAGUUAUAUUCUGGAGUUGUGCAUGAGCUACUACCUUUUCCUACCUUGUCUAGUCCCACAAAAUAUGAAACUCAUACAUUUUCUUUGAAAAAUAAUGUUGGUUUGUCAGUUAUUAAGUUGGCUGGUGGUGUUGAAGACAACGAUAAAAAUAACAACAGGGUUGAAGAAAACCCUGCCAAUAAUUUUAUUGAGUCAUUGCAGGAUUCUAAUGUAAUUGAUCUUGUUAAUGAGCAACAAGUUGGUAAUCUUCCAGGCAAACACGAGCUUGUAAAUCAAGUUAGUGGUGAAACUUGCUCGGAUUCCCUGGAGUUGGAAGAUUCUUUCGUAACUCAAGAAGAGGUUGCUGAUGACUCUAGAGAAAUUUUUGUGCUUGAAAACGAAAUCUUGCAUGCACGCAUUGAAGAAACUGCCAACAAGUCCACUUCCAAGCUACUGAAUUUGAUGUCUCUUAAAGAGUACGAACCCGUUGAAUUCUCAAUGCAUAGUCAAUUCCAUUCUGGUUCUUCUGAUAGUGCAUGUGGAGUUUCAAUGAGAAUGGAAGUUAAUGUAGAACAAGACUCAUGUUUGAUUGUUGAAGAAGAUAAUAUGAGUUCAUCUAGUGCUGAAGUGUUGGAUUUCACGUCUGUUGGUGAGACAAAAUUAACAAAAUCCUACUUAUUCGAUGAAUCAUCUGAUGUUGAUAAGGGUGAUACUGAUAUACUAGCUUAUGUUUCACCUGCUGUAUCAUUUGCGUCAUGCAAACAGCCUUAUAUCACAGAGAUAGGAACUUCAUACGUUGAAAGUUCCGUAGUUUCUGAUGGUCCAUAUUCAGAAUCAUUAGAAAGCUACCCCUUUGAAAUUGAAUCGGACAAAAGCAAUUCAGGUGAUGUUGCUUUGUGUAUUUCAGACAAUUCCAUGGCACAGGUCAAGGAAUCCCAUGAUGGAAUCAUUUCCUCUUGUCGAUGUCAAUCAAUGGAAUCAAAUGAUGAAUCACGCUCUAUUAAAUUAAAGUUGGAGGACAUUCAAUUGAAUUAUGAUACAAAGCGUGAAGAUAGCGGUAUAUUUGUGAAUGAUAGGGAACUCUACGCAGUCUCAUGCAGAAUCCAAAAGCUUAGAUCGUAUAAGAAAAGAAUCCAGGAUGCAUUCUCUUCGAAGAAGAGGUUAGCAAAGGAUUAUGAACAACUAGCAAUAUGGUUUGGCGAUGCAGAUAUCGAGCCAGGUCAAGAUUUACCACCAACUCUCAGACGAUUUAAUUCCAGAACAUAUGUGAACUCAACGAAUUUGCAAGUGCAGCAAGCUUCUGAAACUGAGUGGGAGCUGCUGUAAAUAAUAAUCAAGUGGCAUGAAAAUAAGACACAAAUGCUGUGGCUCAUUUAGUUGCAAAUGUACAUGUCAAAGGUGGGAUUGCUUGCCGAAAAUUAUAUUAUUUAGGUUUCCAUGAAGAACAAGCUAAAAUCAUAAACUAUAGGAAUAAUUGAUGAGAUUUCCUUUGUUUACAGUUUGUGUCUAUCUACAUUUAUAUUGAAUCUAUUGUUCUGUUAUACAAUCCAAAAGGCAAAAGGUGUUGGAAAAGAAAGCAAAAUAGAAUGGUGAAUUGAUGAAAAAUUGCGAAUGUGUCCACCAUCAAUCUGAAUGAUGCUUGUGCUUUUCUGUCAUGGUUAUUAGCCACGUUAAGAGAAGUUUUGAUAGUUCUUAAACAGAUAUGCAUAUAGGAUUUCAUUCCAUGUAUCUGGGACCCCAGGUAAACACCAGUGAAUGCAAUCAGCAAAAGAUUUUGGGUUAGAUCUCUGUUCUUUAGUCAGGAGCUUGCCCUUUCGCUCGCCGUAAACUGACGUGUGAGCAUCUUUUCUGUACUCUGAUAAUUGGGUGAUGUUCAAUAGGGUGACAUCUAUUUUCAGUUCUUGUAGUGAAUCAUGUAAUAUCUUCAUAAUCUCAAGAUUCGAGCCUGUGCCCCAAUAUGACGAACCUUGUAUUGGGUAUGACUCAUUGAAGCAGUUUUCAUCACUUCCUGGCUUCCAUUCCCAGCUCCUGGAGAAGAAAAUAAAUUCAUUAGAGAAUGUUGUCAAUUGAACUUGUAAUAAUUUGCUAUAUUAAUUUGCUAAUAAUAACUAGAGAUGUUAAUAACUCUGGUUACUAUUAGGUAAAAAAUGCAUGUUAGUUUCAAACAUUCACCAAUUCAUCCGGGCUUCACUGUCUAUUUUUGCAGAGUUACUCUUUAAAUUUGGUGAGAUCUAUAUGAAUUUCACCUUAUUAGCAGAACUUGAUAAUGUAAACUAUUUAAUUUUCAGACAGUAGAAAAAGAUUGUAACUUA